CCAGAUUUCAAGACAGAAACGGUCGACGGCGCGGGCAUCUGACGACAGCCUCCACUUCCUCCAGCCUGAACAGCCAUCGUCAUCGCACCGCACGGAUCGAGCCCGCUGUCGUCUUGCUGCCGCGUCCGUGGCCGACUCACUUGCAGCCUGCGCACUGUCCCGCAUCCAGCCUCAAAGCAGCCUGAUUGCGUCCCAAGCAGUCUCCGAAGCAAUGACCUCUUAAUAUUCCCCCGACACAUCCUACCAGAGUGGAUAUGGCCCAGCCCUCGACUCCUGGCCAGCAGCAGCCGGCCACGUCCAUCUUCGGCGGGCCGACCUCCCAUGCCAUUAUCCCAGCCCAGGCCCCAUCGGGCCCAGUCAUGGCGAACCAGCAGCUGUCGCCGAGCGCGGCAUCUACGAGCAUGAACAUGAACUUGAACAUGGUGGCGACCCCAACCUCGGCCGGCUCAUCGUCCAACACGUACAUCAUGCCAAACUCGCCCGCCAAAACCCGGCCGGUCGCUGACGGCUAUCGCCCCAAAAUCACGCGGACUCUCGGCCAGCGCCCAGCUUGUCUCGUCAACGCAUCCGUGACGUAUUGCGGAAACAAUCAGAUAUACGCCUUUGGCGGCUUCGACCAGUAUACCGACGAGGUGUACAACCACGUUCUGCGCCUGGAUCUUGCAAGCCAUCAAUGGAGCCUGGUUGACAACUACGGUGACAUCCCCGGAGUCCGAAUGGGACAUACUGCGACUCUGUACCAGGGUGACAAAUUACUGGUCUUUGGCGGCGAAAACGAGCACCGUACAUACCUCUCCGACCUCAUCGUAUUCGACCUCAAGACGGCGCACUGGACGCAGCCCCAGGUUUCCGGCCCUAUUCCUAAAGGAAGGGCUCGACACGCUGCUGUCCUGCACGAGGACAAGCUUUUCAUCAUCGGCGGCAUAACAGGCCAAAACAACUACGUGCUGGAUGACAUCUGCUACCUUGACCUGCGGACCUUCACCUGGUCCAAGGCAUGGCGCUUCGUCGGCCGCUUUGAUCACUCGGCCUACAUCUGGGGCGAUCGUGUAUGGGUCUUCGGCGGCCUGAGCGAAGACAUGGACAAGAUUAGUGAUCUUUGGUGGCUCGAUCUCAAAGGUAGCCCGGAGUUUGACUCUCGUCCGCAAUUCGGCAUCUUCGACCGACACUCGAUCACCAGUCGGACGGCCGGCUCCCCUCGGCCGCCCUAUACGAUGGCCCCGGCUCCUGCGGUCGGGUCAUCCGGCUACGCGGCCAACUCUCGGACCGCCCAGGUCAACCCGCCUUCCUUCCAGCUGAAGACAUAUGCGCCGAUGGCACCCGGCUCUAUAUCAGCAUUAAAGUUCGUGUCUGGGCCAACGAUCCCAUCUCAAGGCUCAGGCAUCCACUAUCACGCAUACUCUUCGGGUACGUUGCUCGACUUUGUGACUCCGGCUGCGACUAUUACUCCAAGGGAAUGCUCGCUAUCGGCCCUGGAUCUCGGCACGCUUCGCUGGCAGAAACUCGCCGAGGGGCGAGAGAUUUUCAAGUCGGGAUAUCGAUGGCAUUACUGUACCAUGAACGAAGACGGUACCAAGGCAUGGCUACUCGGCUGCCCCACCGACCCGACGGCCACGGAUCUCGGCCCCAAUGGCUACGAAGAGUACCUCAGUGACAUCAUGGAAAUUGACCUUCGCCGGUACGGCUUUCUCGGGAACAAUAUGACCCCGGAAGCAAAUAUCGAAGCUAGGCCUUCCGCAACAACGCGGCCGAUCGAGUCACCAUCCAAAGGGCUCGGGGCUGAUCUUGCGAAGCUCUUCAACCAGCCACCGGAAGCCGGCAGCGGCACGGACUUUGUCAUCACUGCCCUGGCCGAGGACUCUGAUGAGGAUGACGCUCCACUCAGCUCUGGCUUGAUCCGGGCCGACGAGGCCUCUCGUGGUCCGACUUGGCUGGCAGCGGAUGCUCCAACGUCGCAGCCGAUUCAUGUUCACAAGCUCAUCUUGCAGGCACGAUGGCCUCACUUCGCUCGCCUGUAUAAUUCGCAAAUGGCCGAGUUUCAUACCAAGAAGAUGCACAUCCCGGAGCCCUAUUCCGUUGUUAAGGCGUUCUUGCUGUACCUAUACACGGACAGCAUCCGUGGGACAGUCGAGCCGGACAGCGAUGCCACCACGGAUCUGUCCGACGUAGCCGGACUGCUCGUCAUGUCCAAUAUCUACAACAUCCCUCAUCUUCGACUACUUUGCGUCAAUCGCCUGGCCAAGGAGCUCGACGUCGAGCACGCCUGCGUCAUCUGGUACUGCGCCGGGCUCGCCAACGAAGAGUGGCUUCGCAAGCGCGCGGCAACGUUCUGCAUGACGCACUGGGGCCGCAUCGUACGCACCCAGGGCUUCCUGCGCCUGCCACGGAGCGCGCUCGUCGAGCUCUCGCAGGAGAUCGACAUGGAGGGCCGUGUCGUCGCCGGGGAGGAGCUGGAGUGGGGCGGCAUGUCCGGCCGGUACGGCGACAUGGGUCACAGCGCGAGAAAGGAAAGUAUCAGCAGCAAUCAGACGCAAGUACUCGAUUCGGAGGCUGAUGACGACGACGGGAUGGAGCUGAACUGAACACGGAGGGCUGGAGCUCGACGAGGACCUGUGACGACACCACGAAAUCAUGACCAGCGCAGUUUUCACGUACGCACGUACGGAAUCGGGACCGCGGAUGUGGGCGGGGAGUUGACUCCCACCGGCGGGGAGUAACCACUGUCUACUCACAUCUCUUCAUUUGUUUGCUGCAUUGCACGGCGUUGGCAAUCAUGCUCUCCCUCUCUUUACCAUCAUAGCUGUUCUGUCUUCCCCUAUAUUCUGCCUAAAGACGCGUGCCUUUUCUGGUGUGUGCGUCUGGUUGUUUUGCUCAUGUCAGAACCUCCCUUUUGCAAUAUAGACUAUUUUCGCCUCUUGUCUCCCCCUCCUCGUUCAACUCGUGUCUUCCUUAUCGUAUUCCUCCUCUUCUGGCG